AUGUGCAUCAUCAACCAUCACCCAUCGCCCUGCGCCCUGUUUUCUGAGCUUCCACCUCCCUUCUCCCUCGCGCGCGCUCUGUCCGACCUCGUCUCACGCACAUUCCUCCAUCCCCUCCAUCCCCUCCCUCCCCUCAUCUAUCCGCCCAACCGAAAGUCGCGCCUAAUCUCCGAAGCUAUGACUACCCUUGAACCUCGCCAACCUUACACUGACGAGGAGCUGCGCCAGCUCUACCCUCCACAGCUCAAGCUCCAACUCGUGCAGAUCCUCCUGCGCCACGGUGAACGAACUCCAGUAACCCCUCGUUUUCAGAACACUGGCCUUCCGCCGUACUGGCCUUACUGUCGUGCUGUCCGCCACCUUCGGUCCGCCGUCCUUGACCCUGACACGGGUGAAUACUCGUACCUUGACUGGAAGCGUCGUCUGGAAACAUUCGCCUCCAACGAUGACAGCCCGGUUAUCGCCGCCGGCCCCAAUGCCGAACUUGAUGACAUCUGCGACAUGGGCAUGCUCACCGACCGCGGUCGAGAGACCACCCGUAAUCUUGGACGCCGCUUCCGCGAUCUUUACGUCCAACGCCUCGGCUUCCUCCCCGCCGACCUGACCGAUGCCGAGUCCCUCUACCUCCGCUCCACUCCGGUCCCUCGAGCUCUGGAGUCCCUUCAGCAGGCCCUGUCCGGCCUGUACCCGACGAAGCACCGAGCUCCCGACCUUCCUGCCUUUACUCUCCUCACUCGAGCACCUCAGGACGAGACCCUGUUCCCCAACGAUGGCAACUGCCGCCGCUUCGCUGCCCUCUCGCGCGCCUUUGCCCAGCGCACUGCCGAGCGAUGGAACAACACCCCGGAGAUGGACUAUCUCAACAAGAAGCUCGGCAAGUGGAUGCCGAACGACGCCCGCAUCGCCGUGGAUUCUAAGCCGCGGUUGAGUGGCAUCAUGGACACAAUCAAUGCUACUCGCGCACACGGGCCCCAGACGAAGCUACCCUCCGAGUUCUACGACCCCAAGGCCAUUGCCAUAAUCGAGAAAAUCGGCGUGGAGGAAUGGUACAGCGGGUACGCCGAGAGCCAGGAGUAUCGCACCCUCGGCAUAGGAGGUCUGAUGGGCGAUGUCGUAGCUCGCAUGGUCGGAAGCGUGGAGCACAGUCCGGCGGAUGGCGACUACGAAAUCAAGCAGCCAGAUGCUGCUCCCAAACCCAUCCGAUUUGGAAUGAGCGGCUGUCACGACACAACGCUGGCUGGUGUGCUGGCGAGCUUGGGGGCCUUCGGCCCGGACAAGUGGCCCCCAUUCACGAGCCACAUUGCCAUUGAGAUGUUCCAUGAUGCGAGGAUUUCCGCAGUCGAUACCGCAACCAAGUCACCGGUUGCGUCGGUCCCCAAGGACGGCAGCUGGUUCAGCUCGUGGUUCUCUUUCGGUCCGGCGAGUGCCCCGUCACCGGGCACUGCGCCCCCCGGCAUUGGUCGUAAGACGACUCCCGAUUUGACAGAUGCCGAGAAGAACAAGUUGGAUGGGUACUAUGUGAGGCUGCGGUACAACGACGAGCCCGUGACGAUCCCUGGUUGCAAAGCCCCUGGUAACCACCUUGAGGGUGAUGAGUCUUUUUGCACUCUGACCGCGUUCAAAUCCAUCGUUGACAAGUACACGCCUGUCAGCUGGAGAGACCAGUGCCGCAUGAACGCCAAUGCUCCCACCUUCCCGGCCAAGCCUGAGCCGGCAGGAUACUAA